CAACCAACUUUUCUUCAAAGUCUAAUCUUUAUAAACUUCAACCAAAUUUAAGCGAAAGACUACCUUAAUUUUUGUUGUUUCUUCAAAGAUAUGUCUAAGCCAAAUGUAAGAAGAUCAUAUGAAAUAGAGAAAUACAGUAGUAGUAGAAGUAGUAGUAGUAGCAGCUCCAAAUCAAGCAAGAAUUAUAACUUGUUUUAUUUAUCCAAACACUUGAAGAAAGUUUACCCAAUAGAACUCCAUAAUACUAAUUAUUCCCUUUCUUCUCUUUCGUUAUCUCUAUCUCAGAAUUCAGAUGAUCAGAAAUUCUCUUCGGCCUUUCAAAGAAGACAAGUUCCAGCAGCAAUUAAAAAUGUUAGUCGUUCUUUAAAUUAUGCUAGGCCAUGUCCUAGUGAGAAAGAGCUUAUGAGGUGCAGCUGGAUAACUAGUACCAGUGAUAAGGUUUAUGUGCAGUUCCAUGAUGAAUGCUGGGGUGUUCCAGUGUAUGACGACCAUCGAUUGUUCGAGCUACUUUCGUUGGCUGGACUGUUGAUGGACUACAACUGGACUGAAAUUUUAAAGAGAAGGGAACUAAUUAGAGAAGCUUUUGCUGGAUUUAAUGCCAAACAAGUGGCAAAAAUGGGGGAGAAGGAGAUUAAAGAAAUUGUCUCGAGUGCAUCACUGAUGUUAGCAGAAAAUAGAGUUAGAUCAAUAGUUGAUAACGCCAAAUGCAUAGUCAAGGCAAGUCUCUUACCUUCAUUUACCCACAUUUUUACGCAUUAGUUCCAUAUAGUCACUCAAUUUUAUUUAUUAUAACAGUAACAUCACAAAAUUCUCAUAAAACUAUGAUAUAUACCAUUAUAUAGUGAAAAUAUUAUUUUUGUCACGUUAAAGUAACUGAAUUUUACUAUUAUAACUAAGUUACUAAAUUUUACCCACCUUAACAAAAAACCUUCAUGUCAAGGUGACUUUACCACUGUAUAGUGUGUACAUUUUGUGACAUUUCUAUUACAGUGGAUAAACUUUAAUUUACUUUAAUAUGGCAAAAAGUAAUUUUAUUAAUUUAUCACUAAAAAUUUUGAUGCCUUUUCUGCUAUAUCACUAAUAAUUUGAUGCCUUUAUUGUUCUAGUGGAUAAGAAUGUGAAAGCAAAAUUCAUAUUUUUACCAUAUCAAGUUGGUAACUCCACCUCCCAGUUUAUCUUAUAUACAUUGUAAGUGUAAAUAUUUUAAGACUAUUAAUAUAAUAUAAUUUAUUGGCUGUAACAAGUUAUCUAAUUUACUUUUCAAGUUACUAAGUAACUCACUUAUUACGGACAGUUAAUUGUAGUUAUUUUUUGAACGACUCCAUAGCACAUAAGAAUUAUCUUACAGCAUCAAUGUAUAGAAUUUAAACUCUAUGUAUGCAGAUUGGGAAGGAGAUUGGAUCUUUCAGCUGCUACAUGUGGAACCAUAUGAAUUAUAAACCAAUAAUUAACAGAUUUAGAAAUGCAAGAAACGUUCCACUGAGAACUCCAAAAGCAGAAGCCAUUAGCAAAGAUUUGGUGAAGAGAGGAUUCCGACUUGUUGGUCCUGUUAUUGUAAAUUCAUUCAUGCAAGCUGCAGGAAUGACAAUUGAUCAUCUGCUUUAUUGUUAUAGACACAAAGAAUGUGUAAAUCUUGCUGAAAGACCUUGGAGACAUGUCUGAAACAUUUCACUCAUAUAUAUUAUUCUGUUCAUUGCUUUUCACGUAAAAAAGAUUAAAUAAGUUAUUAAUACACUUC